UGUUAAUGCAGGAAGUGCGCUUACAGGAUUGCAGCUUACUGAUUUUAUAAUAAUGAACGUUGGUUUGUGAGCAGAUGGUUUUCAAGUGUCAAUACUGCAUACUAAUACUACUAAAAAUGUAUUUCCUAAUUUCUGCCAAGAACAUUUCUCUUAUUUGGAUUAUCACAGCUUCAGUGCUUUGUAACGGGAUGGAAACAUUCGCUAACAACUUUGGAGAUAUCAUCUACAGUGAAUUGGGAGAUAUGGGAGCUGACUGUGAACCUGUGGACAAUUGCAAGAGAAGUAGACAGAACGACGAACUCGCCACAUACAACUGUAACUGUGACAACAAUUGUUCUGAAUUUGACACAUGUUGCUUAGAUUCGGAAUAUAGAGGUACCGGUAUACCAAGAGCUAUAAACUCUGAUAUAAAAUGUCUUCCACUUUAUCGUUCAGAAAUUGGCGUAUUUAUGAUUGAUAAAUGCCAAAACGGAGAAGAUUUGGAUAUUGAAAGUCUUUGUAGAAGCAACGGGGAAGAUACUGACGAUCCUUUCUUGACGAUUCCAGCCACAAGUUUGGCGACUAAAAUAACUUAUAAAAAUUACUUCUGCUUGCUUUGUAAUGAAAAUAUCGACCGUGAUCAAGUAGUUUUGUGGAAUCUUCACUUAAAAUCUUUAUCUAAAGCGGUCGAUAGUUCUACCCUACCUCGUCUGAGGUUCGAUAAUUUCACCAGGUCCUGGAUGGUGGACGACAACGGAACCUCUGAAGCAACAACAUUAACAAUAGAAACGGAAAAAAGUGUGAUUCCAUUUGUUAAGAUAUGUAAAUCUGGUGAAAAAGGAUUGAUUUCCAACUGUUCCAAAGAAUGGACGGAUGAUUCCAUUAUGCAGAAAUGUGCUGCUUAUAUGGCAGUGGUUGGAUUUUAUGGAGAUGAGGGCUGGAAAUGGUACAGAAACCCACACUGUGCAUUAUGUAAUUACGAAGAUGUGAAACGCCGUUUCUGUAGGCAACCUAUAUUGCACACAAGAUGGACGUUUAUCCAGGAUAAUUUCUUUGUCGGCUUAUUCGUGAUGAAAGAUGAUGAGACAUCUUGUGGACUUAAAAUGAUUUACGAUAAAUCUGCAAAAAAAUGCAGAUGCAAUUCGAGAGAAUCAAUCAUGCAAAAUGGAAAGUGAAACAAAAGUUUGAAAAAGUUCAUCUCUUGCUUCUCGUCGGAUGUUGUGUCUAUUGGUAUGAAGUCGGUGCUAAUAGAAACGUCAGCAAUUUGACUGGCUCGUUUCGAGGAACGUGUGAAAGGAAUAAAUAAUUCCCCGUUUUCUGCUUCUUGAUCAUAGUAUUUAAUGAUAUCAUAUAAAAUUUUCUUCGUACCACUCCUCAAUGCUUUUUUACACCACUUGAACUAGCCAUAUCAAUACGAAAUAUUCAGUUAAAAUAAAAUGCUGUCAGAAAUGACAUAACACUCACAUACACGUGAAAAAAAAAUAGAACUAAAAAGGCAUCUAAUGCGAGAAAUCCAAGGUCAAAUGUGCUCAUCGUUCCGCGUCUCGCCCCUUGAUGGAAUGGAAUUGUCGAAAUGUGGUCUCAAAAUCCGAACCGUCUCGAGUCACGACAGGUUUGCUUAAUAUUGUGAAGGUGAAAACUGGAAACAAAAAUAUAAAGUUGUUAUAUUUGGUAAAAAUAACGUAAGUAUUAAAUAUGUUUAAUUUUUAUGUUUAUAUUUUCUAUUUUACAUUUUAAAAUUUAAAUUUUAUUUAUACAGGGUGUUAAAAUAUUCCAUAUUU